AUGAGGGGGAAAGACAUCGUGGUCGUCGCGCGUAUAGGAGGAUGUGAGGAACAGGCUCGAGGCCUCGUUCGAAGCAGCGGUCGAGUUCUUAUGCCAUGGCCACGAGAACCCUUUUGGCCACGGUUCAAGCCAUCGCCAGGCUCCAGCCGGUAUGUCAAUCCUCAUCUCAUUCGCAUCCCCCUGCGCCCCAUUUGUUUCACUUGUCGAUUUCCUGGUCCUGACUUGGCAAGAGAGUGCUGUCAGCGUUCCGGUACGUCUCUGUCUGCUUUUCUUCCUCUGUUCCUUUGCUCUUUCGCAUUCUUUCCAUUCCCCAGUCUUCGUGAGUACGUACAACUUCCCCCUGCUUAUCUGAAUUUUUCCUCUGCGCAUCAGCCUUUCCCCCUUAUUUCGUUUGCUUGCGUGACUAAUAUAUUCAGACGACAGCGUCGCGAACGACGCUCUCGCCAGUACGUUUUGCCGCUCCGCCGCCUGCCCGCCUGCCCUCUUCUGUACAGUAGGCCGAUCUCCAACCCCCUCUAA